GAAAACAAAAACAAUAGCUAUACUUCUUUCAUCUUCAUCUUCAUCUUUCGAACUCUGUAUCCCCAAAUUGAAAUCCUCCACCACCACACGCGCACACACGCGCCAUGGCGUCUCUUCUCACCAACGGGAUUUCGCCCUUCUCCUCACAGACCGUCUCCGAAUUCUCCAAAGGGUCUCUAUUAUACUUCCACCCCUCUCUCAAUUCCACCGUCUGCAGAAACCCUAAUUCCAGAGCCUCCCUCAAAAUCAGGGCCGCCGACGUCGGAUACGAAUCCAAAACCACCGUCGACUACCCCGCCAAGAAAUCCGACAACGACGACCCGCUUCAGAAAUUCCUGAAACGUGACUACAAGUGGGGAUUCACUCAGGAAAUCGACUCCUUCACCAUCCCAAAGGGGCUCUCAGAGGAAACAGUCAGAUUAAUCUCCGCAAGGAAAAACGAACCCGAUUGGAUGCUGGAGUUCAGAUUGAAGUCCUACGAGAAAUUCAUCAACAUGAAGGAGCCCAAUUGGUCCGACAAUCGGUACCCUAGAAUUGAUUUUCAAAAUCUAUGUUACUACUCCGAGCCCAAAAAUAAGCCAACUUUAAACAGCCUCGAGGAGGCCGAUCCAGAGCUCGUUAGGUAUUUCGAUAAGCUCGGGAUUCCCUUGAACGAAAGGAAUCGAUUGGCCAACGUCGCGGUUGAUGCCGUACUCGAUAGCGUCUCGAUCGCUACAACUCAUAGGAAAACCCUAGAGAAAUCGGGGGUUAUCUUUUGCUCUAUAUCGGAAGCCGUUAAAGACUACCCCGACUUAAUCAAGAAGUAUCUAGGCAGAGUUGUUCCGGCCGACGAUAAUUUCUACUCGGCUUUGAAUGCAGCUGUGUUCAGUGACGGUUCUUUCGUGUACAUACCGAAGGACACAAAGUGCCCGAUGCAAAUAUCGACUUAUUUCCGGAUCAACGCCAUGGAAACAGGGCAAUUCGAGAGGACUUUGAUAGUAGCAGAAGAAGGGAGUUUUGUCGAGUACUUGGAGGGCUGUACCGCACCUUCGUACGAUACUAAUCAAUUGCACGCUGCAGUGGUGGAGCUGUACUGCCACGCUGGCGCUCAGAUUAAGUACUCGACGGUUCAGAAUUGGUACGCGGGCGAUGAGGAGGGUAAAGGUGGAAUCUACAAUUUCGUUACCAAGAGGGGACUGUGCGCUGGGGCCCGCUCGAAGAUUUCGUGGACGCAAGUCGAGACAGGUUCGGCUAUUACUUGGAAGUACCCGAGUGUGAUUUUGGAAGGCGAUGAAUCGGUUGGCGAGUUUUAUUCCGUGGCGUUGACGAAUAAUUAUCAGCAGGCUGAUACGGGUACGAAGAUGAUACAUAAGGGGAAGAAUACGAAGAGUCGGAUUAUUUCGAAAGGGAUUUCGGCUGGACAUUCGAGAAAUUGUUAUAGGGGUUUGGUUCAAGUGAUGUCAAGUGCCGAUAAUGCUAAGAACUCUUCGCAGUGUGAUUCGAUGCUUAUUGGAGAUGGCGCUGCUGCGAAUACGUAUCCGUAUAUUCAAGCGAAGAACCCCACAGCAAGAAUUGAACACGAAGCCACGACCUCGAAAAUCGGAGAAGAUCAGUUAUUCUACUUCCAACAAAGAGGUAUCGACUACGAGAAAGCAAUGGCUGCUAUGAUAUCUGGUUUUUGCAGGGAUGUGUUCAAUGAACUGCCCGAUGAGUUUGGUGCUGAGGUGAAUCAGCUCAUGAGUUUGAAACUCGAAGGAUCUGUCGGCUAAAGCCCGAGCGUUUCUAACUUGUUAGUUUUUUUUUUCUUUUUUUUUUUUUUUUUAAAUUAUCAGUAAAAAGUGAAGAACUAUGGAGGUGUAACUGUAUGUAUACAUUUCUUGAAUAUGGACCUUUUUACACACACAGUGUUAUGUAAAACUGUAAAGGUAAUAAGUUGUAAUAUUUGUUAUUGUAAUUUGUAACUUGUGCUGGGAUCUGUUGUAUAAAUUAAGUUCCUUGUUUUGUGUUCACUCAGAUAACAGAGGGAACAACUUCA